AAACUGAUAGCUUUUGGUCUAUCAUGAAUGCAAUAUUUGGAUGGAGAAAUCAAGCUACUGUUGAUACAACUGUUAGCUAUUUUGUUUAUUGGCUUUUCGUCAUUAUUACCGCUGUGAUAAUCAUACUCCGUUCAAGGAAACCCGAUAACAACGACACAACCGAACAAACCGAUACAAUUGAACAAAUCGAUAUUAACGAAAAAGUCGCUACGCAAUUAAAUUCUGUUUAA